AUGCGGCAUCUGCUACUGUUCCUCGUCCUGGGAGCGACCCUCGCCCCGGGCACGUGGUCCGAGCUCGUGAGAUACUUGGAGGUUUCGGAGAACGCUCGGCCGGGUACCAGAGUGGGUUUCAUCGACGCCGACAGCCCGCCGUACCUGAUCGUGUCGGUGUCCGGGUCCGCGGUCGACUCGGACUUGAUAGUCGAUCACGCGACGGGUGAGAUAAGAACGAAAGUGCCGUUGGACCGGGAAACCAGGCCAUCGUACAGUUUGGUCGCGUUGCCGCAGAACAUUCAAGUGGUCGUGAAGGUCCUCGACGAGAACGAUAACGCGCCGACCUUCCCCGUCGAGCACGUGGACAUCGAAUUCCCGGAGAAUUCUCCACGGGACGCGAAACGCGCUUUGCCACCGGCCAAGGACCCCGAUCUCGGCCAAUAUUCGACGCAGAGAUACGACAUCGUAUCCGGGAAUCACGGGGACGCGUUCAGGCUCUCUCAGCACCGCGGCCGAGACGGUGUGCUCUAUUUGGAUCUGCAAAACUCUGGAUCGCUGGACCGCGAGGCUCGGUCGCAAUAUCAUUUGGUGAUAGAAGCAUUGGACGGAGGCGCGCCACCGCUCCGCUCGAGACUGCACGUGAACGUGACCGUACAAGAUGUGAACGACAAUCCACCGAUCUUCAAUCAAACCAGGUACGUCGCGAGCGUGCCGGAGAACGCGACCGUCGGGACGCCGGUGCUCGCGGUGAACGCGAGUGACAGCGACGCCGGUGACAACGGCCGUAUUGAGUAUUCCAUCAAUAGGAGACAAUCCGAUCGGGAAGAAAUGUUUCGCAUCGAUCCAGAGACCGGGAUGGUGUACGUGAACAAGGCGUUGGACUUCGAGUCGAAGGAGCGCCACGAGCUGGUGAUCGUGGCGCGAGACCGAGGCGCACAGCCUCUCGAGGCGAGCGCGUUCCUCUCCGUUCGCGUAACCGACGUGAACGACAAUCAGCCGGCGAUAACGGUGAUAUUCCUCUCGGACGACGCGACGCCGAAGAUCAGCGAGAGCGCCCAGCCGGGUGAGUUCGUGGCCAGAAUAUCGGUCAGCGAUCCGGACUCGAGAACCGAGUAUUCGAAUGCGACCGUCACGUUGACCGGCGGCGAAGGACACUUCGGUUUGGCCACGAGGGACAACAUAAUAUAUCUGGUGGUGGUCGAGAGGCCGUUGGACCGCGAGGAGAAGCCCGUUUACGACCUCUCGGUGGAGGCGACCGACGCGGGCACUCCGCCGUUAAGAGCCAUUCGCACCUUUCGCCUGAUCGUCACCGAUGUCAACGACAACGCUCCGAAAUUCGCCCAAGAGAGGUACGAGGCUCACUUGCUGGAGGCGUCCGAACCGGGCACGCCGGUUCUCAAAGUGACCGCCACUGAUAUGGACGAAGGUGCAAAUUCCGCUAUCAGGUACUCUCUAUUGAACUCCACGUGGUUCACCAUCGACGAAACGUCCGGGCUGAUAUCCACGCGUACGCACGUCGACUGCGAAGCCGACCCAGCGCCGAUUUUAAUCGUGAUCGCAACGGACUCGGGCCGCCCGGCCCUUAGCAGUAGCGCGACAGUGCGAGUGACGGUGCACGAUCUCAACGACAACGAGCCCAUCUUCGAGAAGCCGCUCUACAACGCGACCGUGUCGGAGGAUCUACCCGUUGGACGCUGUUUCCUCAAGGUACAAGCGACGGACCCGGACUGCGGCGUGAACGCGAUGGUAAAUUACACGUUGGCCGCGGGAAGAAUGGAAAGCGAACAGCUGAUGGUGCGCAGCGAUACCGGAGACAUUUGCGUCAGAACACCGUUGGACAGAGAAACCGCACCCUAUCUAGAGAUUCCCGUCAUCGCGACCGACAGAGGAGGUCUCAGUACCGUGGCUAUCGUGAGGGUACAAGUGACGGACGUGAACGACAACCGUCCAGUGUUCGAACCGAGGAGAUACAACGUUACCUUGAAGACCGACGGUCCGAUUCAAGGACCAAUUUUAAAAUUGGUAGCCACAGACUCGGACGCGGGACUGUUCGGUCAAGUCGCGUACAGAAUCACAAAUGGCAACGAGGCCGGCGUAUUUCACAUCGACCGUAACACAGGCGAGCUUCAAAUCGCGAGACCGAGCCUGCUGUCCAGGUCGCCGUUGCAUCAAUUGAACGUGACCGCGACGGACGCGGCUGGCCUGAAGAGUGCUUUCGAUGCCGAGGUCAGGAUCACCGUGUCCUCUCCAGGUCACAGGAUCGCCAGUUGCGAGAGGCCGCGGUACACCAUCACCGUCAAGGAGAGCAUCUCGCAAAACACCGUCGUCGGUGGCGUGAAGGACGGAGCUACGUCCCCCUCGUCUUCAGGUGAACGGCCGACCAGAUUUUAUUUGGCAGUGGAAGAACCGGAUCUAACGAUGGAUCCGAACACGGGCAUGAUUCGGACGCGUCUGCCGUUGGAUCGGGAGACUCGGGACAAGUACGUUCUCAGCGUCGAGGCGCGUAAUGGAAUUUCCGUCGGCUACUGUCAGGUGGAACUCAACGUGGAGGACACGAAUGACAACCCACCCUCGUUCCCAACGACGAGCGUGCGUAUUUCCGUCCCGGAAUCGCAUCCUCUUCACACGACGCUGUACGUGGCGCACGCGACCGAUCCGGACUCGGUCCCGUCGCAUCCAAUACGCUACGUCCUCGGACAAAACAGCAACGACCUGUUCGGUAUAGACGCCCGCUCCGGCGAGCUCUAUUUAGCAAGGAGAUUGGAUUACGAGACCCAGCAGCGGCACGGACUUCUGAUAAGGGCGUUGGACGGUGCCGGGCUAUCCGCGAAUCUCAGCCUGAGCGUCGAGGUGCAAGACGUGAAUGACAACCCCCCAGUGUUCGAGAGGAACGAGUACCGCGUGGAGGUUCCCGAAGGCGCCAAGCUCGAUUCCCAAAUCCUUCAGGUGACCGCGGUGGACCUCGAUACGGGCAACAACGCCCGGCUGAGUUACCGACUCCAAGGAUCGGCCGCUUUCCGUAUCAGCCCGAACACCGGCUGGAUCUAUCUAGCGCAGAGCCUCGAUCGCGAGACUCUGGAUCGACACGCGCUCACGGUCCUCGCGACCGACAACGGAUCACCGGCGGCGACCGCGAGCGCGUCCGUGCUGGUCACGGUGCUCGACGACAACGACAACGACCCGCGGUUCGAGAAAGACUUCUACGGUUUCGAGCUGCUGGAGAACCUGCCCUCGGGCACGCUGGUCGGCUCCGUGAGCGCGUCCGACCCCGAUCUAGGCAAGAACGCGUUGCUCAGAUACGCGGUGGUCCAAGCAAACAGCAGUUUCGCCGUCGACUCCGACACGGGCGAGAUUACCACGAGGGAACCAUUGGAUCGCGAGAUGAAGGGUGUGCACGAGCUGGUGCUCGAGGCUCGGGACCAAGGGACACCCUCCAGAGCUGCCAGGGUACCUUUAAAGGUCACCGUCCUCGACGUUAACGACAAUUCACCGGAGAUCGUGGACCCGCAAGGCGACGUGGUCAGCGUCAGGGAGGAACAACCCCCGGGAACGGAAGUGGCAAGGGUCAGGGCGUUAGACACCGACUCGGGAGAGAACGCAUCAGUAACUUACACGAUUCUAAAAGACCGAGAUUCGGACGGUUACAACGUUUUCACGAUUGACCCGAUCACCGGGAUGAUCAGGACGAAAGCGGUUCUUGAUCACGAGGAACGGAACGUGUACCGGGUGUCCGUGAAGGCGACGGACGCGGGUCGGCCACCGCGGCACAGUAUACGAGCGCUGAGAGUGGAGGUUCUGGCGCUCGCGGAUAACCGGCCGACCUUCACCAGCAGCAGCCUUACCUUUAACAUACGCGAGGACGCGAGCAUCGGACAGGCGGUAGGUUCGGUGUCGGGCGCGGGACCAGCGGGUCGCGUGGCCUUUACCCUGGAUUCGCUGACGCCCGUCAGCGAGUUCCCAGCUUUCGACGUGGACCGCAGCUCCGGCCAGCUGGUGGUCGCCCAUUCCCUCGACCGGGAGAACGUCAGCGAGUACCACUUGGAGAUCCGCGCCCUGGACACGACGUCCAUCGGCAACCCUCAGAGCAUCGCGGUCUCGGUGAAAAUCGUGAUAGAAGACGCGAACGACAAUCCGCCCCGGUGGCCGCAGGAUCCGAUCACCGUUCGAGUCUCGGAGAGAGCCGUGAUCGGUUCGACCAUAUACAAUUUGACCGCGACCGACUUGGACAGCGGCCUGAACGGCGAUCUCAGAUACGGCCUCGUGGCCGAGUUUCCGUCCAGAGGCAGCUUCGCGGUCGAUUCUCUGACCGGUGCGCUGACCUUGGCCAGGCCGCUCGACAGAGAGGAGAGGGCGGAGUACACGCUGAUCCUCAAAGCGUCCGACCGGGCUCCACCCGGCGAGCAAUUAGCCUCGACCGUGACCGCGAGGAUCAUCGUGCUCGACCAGAACGACAACGACCCUGUUUUCGUCGCUCCGGAAUCUACCAAAGUCGCGGUCAUGCCAGAUCUCUUGCCCGGAUCGACGCUAGUGAGAGUGGUUGCUGUUGACAAAGACGCGGGUGACAACGGCCGAGUGUCGUACGUGAUCACGUCGGCCAACGAGGAAGCGAGAUUCUCGGUCGGUUAUGAAUCAGGCAUAGUGAGUUUGGAGAAGCCGAUGGUCAGGUCCAUGGAGUUGGAGAUCACGGCGAACGACCACGGCACGCCGCCGAGGAAGUCGACCAUCAGACUGAGUUUAACGUUGGCUUCCGGUCAGAGCAAUGGACCACCGAGGCUGCUGCUGCUGAAUCCAGUAGCCAAGAUUUCGGAAGAUCUUCAAGUAGGAGCACCGGUGUUGAACGUCGCGGGGCCGAUAAUCGCCGACCAAGGUAACGUCAACUUCAGCAUUCCGAGCAACAUCGCCUCGGACAAGUUCUCCGUUACUCCAAACGGUCUGGUGACCCUGCGAGAACCUUUGAACCGGGAGGAGACGGCCAGCUAUUUGGUCCCGAUCCUAGCCAGGUCGAGCAAGCUUUUGGACAUCAGCACCCUCGAGGUUCUAGUCAUGGAUGAAAAUGAUAACAGCCCCGAGUUCCGGCCGGGAUCCUGUUACACCCUCGCUGUGCCGGAGAAUCAAGAGACGUCUGUGAUUCACACGAUCGCCGCGGCCGAUCUCGACGAGGGAAGGAACGGCGAGAUUUAUUACAGCAUCGUUGGUGGGAACAUCGGCGCGAAGUUUAUCCUGGAUCCCGUGACUGGGAUGUUAUCAAUGUCGAACUUAGAUAGGGAAGCGGUAUCCAAGUAUAUCCUGACAAUUUCUGCCAAGGACAAAGGCCGUCCCAGUUUGGAGGCACGGUGCAACCUGACCGUGAUCGUCUUGGACGUGAACGACAACGCACCCUCGUUCGGGCAAAAUCAAUACACCGAACCGAGGCCCCGUGCCGUGGCCAGCGCCGAAUACCCUGGAUUCGGUUUGGCCAAUGGUUAUCCAUACGUCUCUUCCAAUUAUCCAUCAAGCAAUCCCGGCAAAUACGUAGCGACCAUUUCUGAGGACGUGGCACCGGAUUCGAGCGUGAUGUCCGUCAGGGCGACGGAUCCUGAUCAAGGAGUGAACGGGAAAAUCACGUACGCGAUCGCCGAGGAGACGAGCUGGCUGUUCAGGGUCGACAAUCUAACUGGAGUCAUCACGACUGCUGGGUAA